AUGGAGGAAAGGUACAAAAACCAUGUUUCUGGAUUGUACUUGCUAUGCCCAACGAUCCCACCGAGAGUCCUUUCUAACGAGCAAUGGUGGGAGGUUAUCAAAGAGUUGAGUGGGCUAACCCACACAAUACCAAUGUUAGAAGACAAAUUUAGAAAGUCCUCAAUAAUCCAGCUUGAGUAUUUGAUUAUUCAGUUCAUACAGUCGAACCCACCUUUUUUGGCACUCAGGUGGUUAAUGAAUGUUUACUCUCUUACAAAUAACUAUGUAAAGCUGUCAGUUGGGAGAUUACUUGAGGAGACAAUGCUAAUAUUGUACAGAUUUACCGGCACUCAACUUCAAGAUAUGGACUUGAACAAACUUAAGCAUCAUAAUAUUGGAAUAGAUCAGCAAUCAUUGGGAUCAAUACAAUCAGACACUGAUAGUGAAUUGUGUUCAAAGUUAAAUAAUGGCAAUAUAUUGGAUAUCAUAAAUUCACAAACCAGAGAAAUCCAGCCAAGCCAUGUUAUCAGCUCCUUUUAUGUAAUCCAGACGCUUUUGAGGCUUGAAAUCCUAGAAACCAGAAAACAUUUUCCUGGACUGAUUAAAUGUCUUCCCCAACUUCUAAUACAUGUUGAUACAAGUAUGAGAGAUGCUGCAAAUGAGUGUUUACUUUCAGUACUAUCUUUAGGCGUUCCUGGAUACUCUCUUUCUGACCAACUUUUAAAUUCUCUUAUUUCAGGAGUAAGGAUUUUGCUGGAAUUCGAUGAUUCUUUAAAUUUAGAACGCACAAUGCAAUCUAUUGCUGUGAUUCUAAUUCAGCAACCAAAACUCGCAAAUGUUAAAAGACAAGAACUACUUAAACUUAUUGUCAACAUAUCAUCAUCUCUCAAUUCUGGUCAAAAUAGCAUUUUAAAAACUUCCAGUUUGAUAGAAUCUAUUUCAUGCUUACUUGCUAGCUCCACGAUCUCGCAAUUUUCGUCUUCCAAGAAUGACUCUGAUCUUUAUGACUCCAUUGAAUACAUUGCAGGAUUCUCUAAUAUUCAGUUUUCCUCUUAUGGGCUCGGGUCUUACCCCAUUCAGGGAGAGUAUUUCAGAAUAAUCCUAGCUAGCUCUAUUCUCAAGAUCCUAAACUCUCAAGCAUUGCAAAAAACCCCAAGUAUAUUUCAAUUAGAACGUGUCUGGAAUCUUCUUCUUGAGCAUUUGCAAACACACUUUAUUAGGAAACACAUCACUGAAAAUCUUCAAUGGCUCACAAAUAACCACUGGGUUUUCCUUUGGACCCAAAUUCUCAAAAGAGUUCUUUUGAUAACUCUACUAUCAAUACAAGACAACUUCUCAAUGCAGAAUGUUGGGCCAAAACAUGCUGGAAUGGCCAUAUGGACCAAAUUUGAACAGUUUCUGACUCCUCUUUCCAAAAUCUCCCCAAGGAUCUCUCUGGAGUGCAUUCUUGAACUAGUUUCUUCUUCUAAAUACAACAACUGGAUUUGGAAACUCAACAAAGAAUUUUUUGAGCUUUUUUUAAGUUGGGUUUUUCGUAUUUCCCUCACUGAGAACUUUGAAAUAUCUUUGACAAGUUAUCUUUCUGGUCAUAUUUCUGCCAUUUUGACUCACCAAUACUAUUUUUCGUCUCAAGAUCAUCAUAAAGACCAACUUUUAAUCGAAAAUAUUCAAUUAAUCAUUUUGAAUUAUAUAUCCUUCACUAAAGAGAAGAUUCAAAUUAGCAAAAGUGAAAUUGAAACUACUGAAUUCUACGAAACUUUGUUACAUAACUCACACUUCCUAAUAGGGUUCUCCAAUUCCUGCUCAAAUCCUCUAAUUAAUAUUGCCAUUCUCACCCAUGUUACUGACUAUCUUGUGGAAUCCCCAGAUAUUCAAGUCUUUUCAAACCAAAAAAACUCAAAUGAAAAACUUUUUAUUUUCAAUAAUAUAUUCCUCCUCGUCCAAAACUUGCUAGCUAAUAUUCUUCACUUGAACAAAACUCAAUAUAAUGAUACUGAAUCUAAGUCUGAAGUUGUGGUUUCCAAACUUUACUUACUAGUCCCAAUCUGGAAAAACAUACUAUCCAAUCAGACAAUAGAGAAAAUAGUCAUCCUUAUUGAAUCUCUCUCAGAAUCAUGUGAAAGAUUUCAACUUUUAAUGGAAAAUAACGAAUCUGAAACUUGGACAAUCUUUGAUGAUGAAAAAGAAAACCCUGUAAUGUUUUUAUUUAAAGAUCUCAAACAAUGGCUAGCUCUUUUGUGGACUACAAUUGAAUCUUUUCAUCUUUACAUUGAACUUAUAGAAGUCUCAAACCAAGAUAAAAAACCUCAAACAGAAACAUUUAAAUUAGAAAAGUUUCUUAUGAAGGCUUGUUUCUCUAUAGUAGAAUGUCUUCUUCCUUUUAUACCUAUAAGCUGGACCAAGUUCUUCCCAGAAACCAAAGAUACCUUCUCAGCUUCUGAAAUUAACCCUGAACUUGGCUCAAUAUUAUGCUCUCCUUCCAGCUCCCUAGAAGAUGUUGGAGAGUAUCUCAGAAACUCUUCAUUCUCCAAAGACACAAUUGAACCACCAUUUGGAACUAAGUUUAAUGAUAAACAAGAGGUUUUUCUUCAAACUAUUGAAAAGUUUAUUUUCCCUUACAUUGGUGAUCAAAAUUGUUUUUCAAGAUUCAUUCAUAUUAGUGCUUUGAUAAUGUCUCUAAAACUUUCAGUUUAUAAGCAACUCAACAAAAGUCUUUUUUCAUAUAUAAACCACCCUCCUAUUUCAAACAGAUCAUUAGUUAUGCUUGUUUCUGAUUUGGCAUCAGAUCAAAUACUAAUGUUAGAUUUGAAUAUUCCAUCUGAAGUUUUCCCGAAUUCUAUUGUUUCUAAUGUUAAGGUUAGAGAUCCCAACCACCAAUCCGUAGUUUUAAUCCCAAACGACAUCCUAACUCUUCCUGAAUGCAAUACCUAUAUUUCCAGCCAAAAUGACUAUCAGACUAUUUUAAAACUUGGCCUUUUGGAAUCCAUGAAAACUUACUCUUCAUUUCCUUCUCUUAUUAAUCAGCAAAUAACCAGCUCAAAACAACACUUAGAAAUCCAUUUUAGAAAGGAAACAGCUAAUUUACUUUCCAAUAUCAUUUCAGAAAGUCACUUUCUUGAUCAGAACAACUCAUUUGCUCAUGAAACCAUCAAAACUAUAUUCAGGAUCCUAAUUAAGAAAUCUAUUUAUGUUUCCAAUUUCUGGUCAUCAAUAGUUCCUGAGUCUGACUAUUAUCAACAAGAAAACUCCAAUGUGAAAAUUCAGAAUAUGUUUCCAAAUUACAAUGAUCUCUCGCCCUCACUGUUUAUGAUGGCCCAAAAAGACUUAGUAUAUUCUCCAAAUAAUGUCUCAAUCCUUCCUCUAUUAUCUAUUAUUUGGCUCUUUAAACAUAUAUCCGAAAAGAUAAUUAGUAAACUGAAUAUAUUUGUAUCAAAUAAAAGUUCACAAAUUGACCAAGACCAUUUAAAAAUUAUUAAUAAUUCCCAAGACUUCCUCUUUCAUAUAUUUUCAUUUUUGGUCAAAUUUUUAUUUGGUUAUAGAUACCGUGAUCUGAAACAACAGAUCAACUACCAAAGCCAAAUUAACGGAAAAAAACUUCCACCAAGAAUCAAAUCUUGUAUUCUUCGGUACUAUGUACUUAAUCUUUUGGCCUAUUUACUAUGUUAUUUACACAAUAAUAAGUCAAUUUUCUCUCAUUACUAUUAUGCAAAACAAAAACUUGAGUGCUUAAUAUCAUGGAGUAAUUAUUCUCUUUCACGUACUAGUAGACCAAAUGAAGACUCAGAUUCUUUAACAGAUUUGUAUUUCUUCUUUUCCCUUCUUAAAUCAAGGAUAAAGAAUAUUGAUCAGGACCUUUCUCAUAUUAUUGACAACUUCUAUAAAGAUCACUCAAAUGGUAAUAUCUCUGAUAAAAACAAAUUCUUCAUUUAUCGUGUUAGAAAAGAUAUCAAGUUUCAGAGUGGAUUUAUUGAAACUGAGUCCAAUAGGUAUUUUGGAUUUGAAGUGGAUUCCUUUAAACCUCACCUGUCUCAUAAUAAUGCAUCUACUUUGAAUCACUUUGGUGAAUAUCUCUGUUUUUACAACUUGAGAGAACUUAAGAAUAUUGGUAUCUUUAACUAUUCAAUUGAGUUCCUUUAUCAGCAAUUCAAAAUCUUUCUGGAAUCUUCAGAAAACUUUGAGGAUCUCAAAUGUCCAUAUUCAACUAGCUACAAGAACUUUAAUAAUUUAAUGUGCGUUUCCUUUAGUCUGAUCUUCCAUUCCAGAAUGCACGAAAUCUCAUUUAUUGAUUACUAUGGUAUAUUGUAUAUACCAAGUACCUGCAAGAUAUUCUUCUAUAAAGACGGUUUUCUUUCCAACUUUUGGAAUUUUCUUAAAAAGAUCUACUUGUCAUCAGAUAUAUUCCCUCUAACUCAAUCAUCAAAAAUUCUUACUAGAAAUCUACAAACAUUACAAGAACCCACAAAAAGUAUGCCAUGCCUAAAUCUAUUAGGAAUCCUUAUUAUAAACAGUAGUUUUAUUAUGAAAGAAACCAAAAUACUUGAUGAUUUGUCAACCCAAGAUUUUGCUUUGCUACUUGAACAAGAUAAGGAACUUAUAGAAAACUUGAUUGAAUGGGUCUUAAGGAACUACUUAAUCAAAAGUCAAAUUUCUUUAUCUUUUCUAAAUUCUGCUCUUAAAGCUAUGAAACUUUGGAAUAUUCAGUCAAUUUUGAUUAGAACAAUUCAAUACUUAACUAAAGAGCUAGAAAACAAAGAUUUGCUUCAAUCUUAUAGUUUCAAUGAAAUCUCCAAUUACCUUUUGGAUAAUAAUAAUCCAUUAAAUCUUUCUCCAUUCAUUUUAUAUGCACAACUAAAAUCCUUUUCCCAUAAUCAAAAAGAUUCUUCAGAAAGAAAUUUUGAUCCAGAUAAAGACCAAUUUAGAUUAAUUCUGGGAAUCAGGUUUGUUAUUAUUUUGGUGAUUAUUGACCAAUUAUGUGAGACAAUACAAGCCAAAACAGUUCAAAUAAGUACAUUUGAUUCUUUAAUAACUCAGGAAAUGGUUACAUACUCUUUUUUGAAUCCUCACAAGGAGAACUUGACAAUAGAUACUUCAGAUCUUUUUCUUUUUAAAAAAUUAAUUCAAUUCAUGUUCAAGAUCCUCUCAUCACUUUUGGGUUUUUUUGAAACCAAUGUUGCAAAUCUGACAUAUCUAGAAUUAUAUGUCCUCAAUAGAAUUCUGUCUAUUUUAAAAUCCAUAAUUUCUGUACUUCCAGUGUCUUCACAGAUCGUUUCCAUUUCUGAAUUCUCAAGUACUCUAGACAAGAUAAUGGCUAUGUUUCUCAACUUUGGAUCUAAAAACCUGAACUCUAAUACCAUGUUUACUAUUAUGGAGUUCUUUGUUCAAAUAUAUUCUUCGCUUUCUUCUGAAUUCAAACAAAAGAUCUGGAAUACAAUCCUAUUUAAUACAAGUAAAGAACUGGAUAAACCACACUCAGAAUUAACUAAUUCCAAACUUUACUUACUUUUUAAACUAACAGAAACUGUUACUUUUAAAAAUGAAUGUUUAACUCAAAAAAAUGAGCAAGAAUUGAUUCUUGUUUGUGGUAAAGCCCUUAAUCAAAUGAUUAACUCCGAGAAUAUUGAGAUAAGUAUUAUCAGAUACUUUGCUUAUAUUGGUUUUUUCAUGAUUAAUUCAAUUGAAAAUAUCCACCACAAAAUCAGGAAUGACGAACUAAGGGAGAUUUUUAACGCUGAAAACCUCAGAAUAUUAAUUCAAAAGAUUAUUGAUAAUAGACAAGCUUUAACAUUUAAGGAAAAGAUUCACUAUAUACCAUCCUUAGUCUCCAUCUGGAACUCCAUUAAUUACUGUACUGACUUUACAGAAAUUAUUGUUGAGUUCCUUGUUUAUUGCUACUCUUCAAGAUCCAAUGAAUAUCGUUUACAAACUGUACUAUUCUUUCUCGAGGCUGUAUCAUCUUUGAAGUAUCUAUUUUUGGAUAAGAAAAUUGUUUUUUCAAUAUUAAGACAGGAUUUAUGUUUAAACUUUGAGACUCUAGCCAUUAAAUACUUUGAAAAGGAUAUACUUGAGUUAGAAAAGGUGGAGCAAAAUAUUGUAAUUCCUCAUGACCAAUCAAAAUUGACAAUAUUUGUUGCAAUGAUUUACUUAUUCGCUUUGGAAGUCUUUCAAAUUGAGAAAGAUCUUGAACCUGAAGAACAUACUAUCUUAAAAGGAAUUAGUAACAAAAUUUUUUACCUCAAAGCUUAUCAACAAAUCAACGAAUUAGCAGCCAGAGAUAAUAAUUUAAGAGAUGAUCAAAUACAAGAAGAUAUUGUAAUCAGGUCGAGUCAUGACUUACUACUUUUACACAAAGGAAUUUUUUUGGAAAGUCUCAGUUCAGAAUCAUUUGUAAGUGAAAGUAUUAAAAGAGAAAGUUAUAAGCUAAUAAUAAGGAAUAUGAAAUUUUUGUUGAGGAGAAAACAGUUCUCUAUACUAAUUUCUACUCACUUGAAUUGGGUUGAAGUUGAGAUCAAGAAGUCUAUAAUGAAUUUCAGAAGAGAUUAUUUAGAUCUGGAUUACUAUAAAUAUUUGAUUGAUAUACUUUUUGAGAUUUUGACAGAAAUACAACAACUCAGAGAAGAAAAUAAAAUUGAAGACGAGGAUAGGCUUAUAAUAGAGAAUUUGUUGAAAAUAGUCUUUCAGGUUUUAAAAUAUCAGCUUUAUUGCCAAAUAUAUUUCCACCCUAGUUAUUUUAAAUUAUUCAAAAGUUUUACUCAAGAUGAUACUUACUGUAAAGGGAAAGAUGAAGUUAAGAUUCCUGAUUUAUCAGAAAUAUUAAGACAUCACAAAAAACUUGAAGUGAUGAUUUUGAACAAGCUUGAGGAACUUUUUGAAAAUACCAACCAAUAUAAUGACCAUAUAUUCAACCUCUUAAUACUUUCUUUACUACCUUUCAACUAUUCAUAUAAUUUAGAAUAUGGUAAUGCUCGAAAUUUAGUAAACACAAGAUUAUUAAAAAGUUGGGUUGUUUUAAAAAGUUUGGUAUUAAAUGAGAUAAAAAAGGAAGCAGAAGUCUCUAUAGAAAUAUGUAGAUCCAAUCUGAUUAAUAAGAUAAAGAUAUUUCUUAACAAUUAUUUAAACGUUUUAAAGAAGCUAGAUCAAGAUUCAUUUUCUAUAGUUUUGCCAUCUUCUGCAAUAGUAGCUUGGUUUCAAACUUUAUUCGAACAACAGGGCAGAGAAAUAAUGGGACAGUUAGAAACUUGUGUAAGUGAUAAUGAAUUACAGGAAAUGGAAAACGAGUUUUCAAAGUGGAUUAAUCUGGGAGGUUUUUAUUUACCAAAAGGACAUCAAAAUAUCUCAAUAGAGUUGAUUUCAAGACUGGAGUCAUCUGAAGAAGAAGUAUUAGAAUACAGUAACUCGAAGAAACAAGAACGAAAGAAAAAUAAUCUUGCUUUCAUAAAAGAAUUCAAAAAGGAAAUACUAGGAAUUUUAGAACUAAUCAACUAA